AUGGCGCAGGCAAUGCUGGUACCACCAGGACCUGACAGCUUCUUCUAUUUCACUGAAGAAUCCCUUGCAGCUAUUGAAAAACGUAUUGCUGAUGAAAAAUUUCAUUGUCACCAAGAUGAGCCUACAGAUGAUGCUGGUCAUGAAGAAAAUCACCCAAAACCAAAUAAUGACUUAGAGGCAGGAAAGACACUGCCAUUUAUUUAUGGUGAUAUUCCUCCAGGAAUGGUGUCUGAACCUCUGGAGGACCUGGACCCGUAUUACAUUAAUAAAAAAACAUUUAUAGUGCUGGAUAAAGCGAAGACAAUCCACAGGUUCAGUGCCACACCUGCCUUGUACCUUUUAUCUCCUUUCAAUAUCACUAGAAGACUAGCUAUUAAGAUUUUGGUUCAUUCAUGGUUCAACAAGGUCAUUAUGCUCACUAUCUUGGCAAAUUGUGUAUUUAUGACAUGGAGGAAUCUCCCAGAAUGGGCGAAGAAUGUAGAGUACACUUUCACUGGCAUUUAUACUUUUGAAUUUCUAGUAAAAGUCUUUGCAAGAGGCUUCUGUAUAAAUGAUUUUACUUGCCUUCGUGACCCCUGGAACUGGCUUGAUUUUGUUGUCAUUUCCUUUGCAUAUGUGACAGAGUUUGUGGACCUGGGCAAUGUCUCAGCGUUGAGAACAUUCAGAGUUCUCCGAGUUUUGAAAACAAUAUCAGUCAUUCCAGGCUUGAAGACUAUUGUUGGAGCCUUAAUUCAGUCUGUGAAGAAGCUCUCGGAUGUGAUGAUCCUGACUGUAUUUUGCCUGAGUGUAUUUGCAUUGAUAGGACUGCAGUUGUUCAUGGGCAACUUGAAGAAUAAAUGCCUGUUCUGGCCAUCAGAAAAUUCAACAGCUUUUAAAAAAUAUGUAGUUCCAUACUUUAAUGGUACAGAAUUUGACUGGGCAGCGUACAUUAACGAAGAAAGUCAUUUCUAUCGCCCAGAAGGAGCAAAGGAUUUUUUGCUUUGUGGCAAUAGCACAGAUGCAGGUAAAUGCCCAGAAGAGUUUAUCUGUGUGAAAGCUGGUAAAAACCCUAACUAUGGAUAUACCAGCUUUGACACAUUCAGCUGGGCUUUCUUGUCACUGUUUCGACUGAUGACACAGGACUAUUGGGAAAAUCUUUAUCAGUUGACACUACGAGCUGUUGGCAAAUCAUACAUGAUAUUUUUUGUGGUGGUGAUUUUUCUGGGUUCCUUCUAUUUGAUUAACUUGAUUUUGGCUGUGGUUGCCAUGGCCUAUGAAGAACAAAAUCAGGCAACUAUUGUUGAAGCAGAGCAGAGAGAAGCAGACCUUAAGCUGAAGCUCGAACAACUGCGGAAGCAGCAAGAAGAAGCUCAGGUAUUUUCUAGCAAGACUGCAGCAGAGAUGACUGAGUACAGCUGUGAAAGUGGGAAUGCUGCACCCUCUGAUAGUUCUUCGGAUGCAUCCAAGCUUAGCUCAAAAAGUGCCAAAGAAAGGAGAAAUAGAAGGAAGAAAAGAAGGCAGAGAGAGCUCUCUGGGGAAGAGGAUGACAUGAAGGAUGAAAAGCUUCCAAAAUCUGAAUCAGAUGGCAGUAUCAAAAGGAAAAGUUUCCGUUUUUCUUUUGAUGGGAACAGACUAACUUAUGGGAAGCCAUUUACAUCACCCCACCAGUCUUUGCUGAGUGUUCAUGGCUCCCUGUUUUCUCCCAGGCCUAGUAGCAGAACAAGUCUUUUCAGUUUUAGAGACGACGGAAGAGAGAGAGGAUCUGAAAAUGACUUUGCUGACGAUGAGCACAGCAUGUUUGAGGAUAACUCGAGCAGAAGAGGUUCUCUGUUUGUGCCGCGCAGACACGGUGAACGGCGCAGCAGUAACAUUAGCCAGGCCAGUAGGUCAUCCAGGAGGAUGACAGUAUUCCCAGUGAAUGGGAAGAUGCACAGCACCGUGGAUUGCAAUGGAGUGGUUUCCUUGGUGGAUGGACCGCCAGGUCUGUUGUCUCCUACCGGACAACUUCUGCCAGAGGUGAUAAUAGAUAAACCAGCGACCGAUGGCAAUAGCACUACCACAGAAAUAGGAACAAAAACCAGACGUACAAGUUCAUAUCAAAUACCAAUGGAGUUGCUGGAGGAUCCUGAUUUAAGGGAAAGGGCCAUGAGUCUAGCUGAUGUUAUCACAAACAGAAUGGAAGAACUUGAAGGAUCCAGAAAAAAAUGUCCACCUUGCUGGGAUAAAUUUGCCCACACUUUCUUAAUUUGGGAGUGUUGUGAGUCCUGGUUAAAAGUAAAGAGUGUAGUUGAAUUUAUUGUAAUGGAUCCAUUUGUCGAUCUGGCUGUCACUGUUUGCAUAGUUUUAAACACACUAUUUAUGGCCAUGGAACAUUAUCCAAUGACUGAACAAUUUGACACUGUACUUACAAUAGGAAAUCUGGUUUUUACUGGAAUUUUUGCAGCAGAAAUGGUUCUCAAGAUAAUUGCCAUGCAUCCAUUUAAUUAUUUCCAAGUUGGCUGGAAUAUUUUUGAUAGUUUUAUAGUUACUCUUAGUUUGGUGGAGCUGUUUUUGUCAAACGUGGAUGGAUUAUCCGUUCUCCGAUCAUUCAGAUUGUUGCGAGUUUUCAAAUUGGCAAAAUCUUGGCCAACCCUAAAUAUGCUGAUUAAGAUUAUUGGCAACUCAGUGGGAGCUCUGGGGAAUCUGACCCUGGUGCUGGCCAUCAUUGUGUUCAUUUUCGCUGUGGUUGGGAUGCAGCUGUUUGGGAAAAGCUACAAGGAAUGUGUCUGCAAGAUCUCCAGUGACUGUGAACUUCCUCGCUGGCACAUGCAUGACUUUUUCCACUCUUUCCUGAUUGUGUUCCGAGUGCUGUGUGGAGAAUGGAUAGAAACCAUGUGGGACUGCAUGGAGGUUGCAGGCCAAGCCAUGUGCCUUAUUGUUUUCAUGCUGGUCAUGGUGAUUGGAAACCUAGUGGUAUUGAAUCUUUUUCUGGCCUUGCUGCUGAGUUCAUUUAGUUCAGACAAUCUUACUGCUACAGAAGAUGAUAAUGAAAUGAACAACUUGCAGAUUGCUGUUGCAAGAAUUCAGAAGGGAAUAGAUCAUGUGAAGAAAAAAGCAGGUGAAUGUGUCCGAAAGUCUUGUUUGGGAAAACAAGCUGCUGUAAAUCAAAGAACAGCAACAGAUCAGUUGAAUGAUGAGAGAAACCAUUGCAUUUCCAACUGUACCAUCACUGAACUAAGGAUAGAUACGAAUUAUGUCAAAAAUGAAAAUGGAAUGGCCACUGUUAUAGGUGGCAAUGAUUAUACAUCAUUCAUAAACAACCCAAGCCUUACUGUUACAGUACCAAUAGCUGUUGGAGAGUCUGAUUUUGAACAUCUGAAUACAGAAGAGUUUAGCAGUGACUCAGAUUUGGAUGAAAGCAAGGAGAAGCUAGAUUUUUCCAGCUCAUCAGAAGGAAGUACAGUUAAUCUAGCUGUCUUCGGAGAAGAGAAAAGUGAAACUGAACCAGAAAAAGCAUCAGAACUACAGCCAUGCUUUACAGAAGGCUGUGUACAGAAGUUUAAAUGCUGCAAAGGCAAUAGGGAGAGCACAAUAGGAAGAAUCUGGUGGAACCUUCGAAAAACCUGUUACAAGAUAGUAGAGCACAACUGGUUUGAAUCAUUCAUUGUCUUCAUGAUUCUUCUCAGCAGUGGUGCUCUGGCUUUUGAAGAUAUAUAUAUUGAACAGCGCAAGACUAUAAAAACCCUGCUGGACUAUGCUGAUAAAAUCUUUACUUACGUGUUUAUUCUGGAAAUGGUGCUAAAAUGGGUUGCCUAUGGUUUUCAGACUUACUUCACUAAUGCUUGGUGCUGGCUGGACUUCCUGAUUGUCGAUGUCUCGUUGGUUAGCUUAGUAGCUACUGCCCUUGGUUUCUCAGAAUUUGGUGCAAUUAAAUCCCUCCGAACAUUAAGAGCUUUGAGACCUCUAAGAGCUUUGUCGCGCUUUGAAGGCAUGAGGGUGGUUGUGAAUGCUCUUACUGGAGCAAUCCCGUCCAUUAUGAACGUACUUCUGGUUUGCCUUACAUUCUGGCUAAUUUUCAGCAUUAUGGGAGUAAAUUUGUUUGCUGGCAAAUUCUAUUACUGUGUGAACACCACAAAUGAUGAGAUGUUCACACCAGAGCAAGUCAGUAAUAAAAGUAUGUGUGAAGAUAUUAACAGGACUACUGGAGGUGUUCGGUGGAAAAAUGUGAAAGUAAACUUUGAUAAUGUUGCAAUUGGUUAUCUUUCUCUGCUUCAAGUGGCAACAUUUAAAGGAUGGAUGGAGAUUAUGUACGCUGCAGUUGAUUCUACAGAAGCAGAGAAACAACCCAAGUAUGAAGACAACCUGUACAUGUACCUUUACUUUGUGGCCUUUAUCGUCUUUGGAUCAUUUUUCACCCUAAACUUAUUCAUUGGUGUCAUCAUAGAUAACUUCAACCAACAAAAAAAGAAGCUUGGAGGUCAAGAUAUUUUUAUGACAGAAGAACAAAAGAAAUACUACAAUGCAAUGAAGAAGCUGGGAUCCAAGAAACCACAAAAACCUAUACCUCGACCAGUGAACAAAUUGCAAGGUCUGAUGUUUGAUAUUGUAACACAGCAACUAUUUGACAUCACUGUUAUGGUUCUAAUCUGUCUUAACAUGGUCACAAUGAUGAUAGAAACAGAUGACCAAACUGAACUGAUGCAAAAUAUUUUAUAUUGGAUUAACUUGGUCUUUGUUGUGCUUUUCACUGGUGAAUGCGUCUUCAAAAUAUUUUCACUCCGUUAUUAUUACUUCACCAUUGGCUGGAAUAUUUUUGAUUUUGUGGUUGUUAUUCUUUCAAUAAUAGGUAUGUUUCUAGCUGAGGUGAUUGAAAAGUACUUUGUGUCACCCACUUUGUUCAGAGUUGUACGUCUCGCCAGAAUCGGUCGAAUCCUGCGCCUCAUUAAAGGCGCUAAGGGAAUCCGCACUCUGCUUUUUGCUUUGAUGAUGUCUCUUCCUGCUUUGUUCAACAUUGGGCUGCUGCUCUUCCUGGUCAUGUUCAUCUACGCCAUAUUUGGCAUGUCCAACUUUGCCUAUGUCAAGAGGGAAGAUGGGAUUGAUGACAUGUUCAACUUUGAAACGUUUGGCAACAGCAUGAUCUGCCUGUUUCAGAUCACCACGUCCGCUGGCUGGAAUAAUUUGCUCAACCCAAUUCUGAACAGUGGGGAGCCAGACUGUAACCCUAACAAAACUCAUCCGGGGAGCUCUGUGAAAGGUGACUGUGGCAACCCUUCUGUUGGGAUUUUCUUCUUUGUCAGCUACAUUAUCAUAUCCUUUCUGGUAGUGGUGAACAUGUACAUUGCUGUGAUUUUGGAGAACUUCAGUGUUGCUACUGAAGAAAGCGCUGAACCCUUGGGUGAGGAUGACUUUGAGAUGUUCUACGAGGUUUGGGAAAAAUAUGAUCCCGAUGCAACACAAUUCAUAGAAUACAGCAAACUGUCUGAUUUUGCAGCUUCUCUGGAACCUCCUCUUAAUAUACCAAAACCAAACAAAGUCCAGCUUAUUGCAAUGGAUCUACCCGUGGUGAGCGGUGACAGAAUUCACUGCCUUGACAUCUUGUUUGCUUUCACAAAGCGUGUCUUGGGGGAAAGCGGGGAGAUGGACGCCCUCAGAAUACAGAUGGAAGAUCGGUUUAUGGCAUCCAAUCCUUCCAAAGUCUCCUAUGAACCAAUAACAACUACAUUGAAAAGAAAGCAGGAGGAAAUUUCUGCCACUAUCAUUCAGCGUGCUUACAGACGUCAUCUUCUGAGACAGUCAGUAAAGAAGCUUUCAUUUAUGUAUCAGAAAGAUGGGGGUGAUCAUCUUAUCAAAAAAGAUAUGAUUGUUGGUAAACUGAGUGAAAACUCAUCUCCAGAGAAAAUGGGUAUGUCUGCAUCCACCACAGCUCCCCCUUCUUAUGAUAGUGUAACAAAACCAGAAAAAGAAAAAUAUGAAGAUGACAAAUCAGAAAAGGAAGACAAAGGAAAAGACAGAAGAGGAAACAAAAAGUAA